CAACGCUUCGGCAAACAGAUUCCUGCCGAGCGUUAAUGAACAAUCAAACCAUUUCAAGAAGAAAGCGCCGGCGAUUUACUUCCUAGUUUAACGUGCUAGGAAAUCCCUGAAUUUUACUGACAAAUGCGACACAUUUUAACAUCGAUCUAUAUUAAUAUUAUAGAGAACAUACAAAUUUAGAUUUUCAACAUAAUGGCACAACGCUCGUCUUGUGGAAGAAGUUAGUUUCAGCGACAGGUAACUUUCGUCAUCUAUACACUUGCGACAGGUUGUGAAUCCAGUUCAGCUUCCUCUUUCGGACAUAAUGAUGAAGUUAUCGGCCUUGCUCUUGGGUUUUGUCUUGGUGUGCUGUCUGGUCAUCGCUGGCUACAUCCACUCCACACGCAAGCAGGAGAUCUACCUAAAUAAAAAAGCUUCCUUUCUAGAUAUUAAGUUCAGAGUGACCAGGGAUGUUCUGGGAGAAUAUCAGGAUCAGCUGACCCAAUCUAACUCGCUGCUGAAAAAGUUAGAGCAAGAUGUGGUUAAUUUAACCAAAGAGAUAUCUGAAACUAAAACCUUUGCAGGGAAGAAAAAGACUGAAGUAGAAACCUGUAAAGGACAAAAGAAACAAAUUACAAAUGAAAUAGCAGCUACACUGUCAGAGAAGACAAAUGAACAGAAUGAGUUUGUCAAAGAGAAGUCCCGCUGGGUCGAGGAGAUUUCCUCUCUAAAAAGACAAACACAGGUGUACAGCAGGAUUUGCGACUAUAUUGACAAGACAUCUGCGGAGGGAAGGAAACUGUGUGGAUUAAGUGAACAGCCAAAACCAAAGUUAGUGGAACCACCCAAAGCGGAGGUACCCAAAGCGGAGGUACCCAAAGCGGAGGUACCCAAAGCGGAGGUACCCAAAGCGGAGGUACCCAAAGCGGAGGAACCCAAAGCGGAGGAACCCAAAGCAGUUAUACAAUGAGUAAAAAAACAAGUUCAUGUGAUUUGUGUGUGAAGAAUUACCACAUCAGCGAUUUGAGAAAUGUAGAAGCUUUAUUAAGCUAAACCUGACUGUCUUGCCUGGGUUGAUCUCUGGCAUUCUACAAGCAUAUCUGAAAGGAGAAUGACACACACUUACCUUUACACACAGACAAACACACACACACACACUUGAGGGUUAAACUGAUGAGAUGAGCACACCUAUUGCCUGUGAAGAGUCAUAUUCCUGAUUAAGGUGGAUGAACCACCAGGUUACGUGAGUUGGCUUUGUUGACAUCUUCACCUAACAAAAUUACAUUGCCAUUAAAAAUCUAAAAAAACAAACAUUUUUUUACAUUUUUAAAAACUUUCUCUGUGAAUGUUAACAGUAGCAUACACUGCUUUUUCUGUCUUUUUUCUCUCUAUCCUUUAGUUUACCUUGCCCCUGUUACAGUAAGUGACCAUAUAUGAGUGUCAUUAUGACCCUCCCUCAGGCUCUGCCACUAUGGCACACUAUCAUGCAUAUUUGCCCGUUUGUAUCGACCAAUGGGAAAGCUCUGACCCUUUCACUGUCACCCCUCAUCAUCCUCACCCUGGUUACCAUUAUUAUUUAGUCCUGACAAAAACAAGCUUAACCAAUCAGGGCCUUCAGUGGAGCAGAAAAACUGUUAGGAAAUUCUAAGAGUUGCUUACAGUGUAAAGCUUUCAGAGUCUUAACAUUGGUUGUACACCAUAUAUUGUGAUGCUUGGAGUGAAAAUAAAGUGGGUCCUUUGUUGAA